UUCUAGAUAUGCGGAUAUUUUGGGAAACGUGUUGUGUUAUAGUUAUUAUAUCACUCAAGCAGUACGUAGAAUGCGUCGAAACAUUCCUUGAAGCUCCUGUGGGAGGUGGGUACAUUGUUGGCGAUUCUGUUACACUAAAGUGUUCCAUCGCGGGCAAGACUGGUGCGUGCAUCUGGUUGAAAGAUGGCGUUACUCUAAGUAUGGACGAAGUGAUCAUAACAUCAGAUCCAGCCUACGCCAUCGAAAGUCCGGUUACAAAUGAAGAUUAUUUUCUGGUGAUUAGUGUUCUGGAAACAGCACAUAAUGGAGAGUACGUCUGCACAACCGACACUGGUUUGGUUUCAAGUCCUGCAAUUUUGAUUGUGCAAGAUCCUUCUCAGUCGUUCCGGAUAAAACCGAACGAUACAACGGCAAUUCAAGGAAAUGAUGCAACACUUUAUUGUUCCAUUGAUAAUAAGGACGGUGUGUUACACUGGCUGCACGACGGCGUGUCAAUCAGUAACGAUGAGGUCGUUCUUGUAAAUGGUGAACGAACCAGUAUUGUGGGAGACAUCGCAAAUGGCGAAUUUAACCUGCUGUUUUCCCCAACCGAGUCCGUAGAUGAAGGCGUUUAUCAAUGUAUUGUGGACGCUGCUGGCAAUAGUGAUUUGAUUACAUCAUCCAAUCACCUUCUCACUGUGCUUUUAGUGUGUGAUGGUGAAAGAUACACCAUAGCAGGAAACACCUCUGUGGGAGAAUACAACCUACAUAUAUCCAAUCUUCAAUUGGAAGACAGUGGACCAUACCAGUGUAAGGUUCUGGCUUCAGGUGCUGAUGAUAUGAUCGUUUCGUCGACCGCCACGUUAACAGUAACAGACCAUGAUGAGUGUUUAGCGGUUGAUAUGUGCGGUGAUAGUUAUCAGUGUAUUAACACACAUGGAUCGUACCAGUGUUUAUGCUUGAGACCAGAGGGAUGUGACAAUGGUUUGUCCCAAGGUCGUGAACUCUUGCAGUGCCAUAGUUUAUCUAACUCCAUAGAUAGAUCAUGUCCACAGCUAACGAAUGAUACAUCCUGGGGCUCUCAGUUAUUUGACGUGGCCUCAAUUGUGACAAAACCAAGUUCAGAUGACGUCAUAUUUGCAUCUUUUGACACAGUCAUCACGGAAGCAAUAAAUAUUCUAACAGAGGAUGUGUCUCAGGUUGGUAACUGUAAUAUCGACAACUGCGCAGGUCUGACAACGACAAUAGACGCAUUGGGUGUGUCGGUCAUGGAAGAAAUACUAACGCAUAAUAUGACCAAAGACUCCAUGAAUUUUCACUUCGAAGAUAUUCAGAAAGGUAUGUACAUCGAGCUUCUCACCCGCGACACACUCUCUUCGAACGCAUUCAAGUUCCCCGCGGAGCAGACGGACUUCUACGCUACGAUACAAAUACCUGGUGAACUCCUUACAACUGGUACACUAGUAAUUGUGAGUGCUAUAUACGAAAAACCAGAGGUGUUAGUUGGUACUGAUAAUGUAGGGUUUACAGAGCAGCUAUGGAAUUCGUCUGGAUGUAAAGUAUAUGAAACUAACCAAACUAUGACCACAUGUCAUUGUAAUCACCUGACUAGUUUUGCUGUGUUGAUGCGUGUCAAUGAAUUUGAGAUGGACAUUAUCCACGAGAAGGCGUUGGAAAUCAUAAGCUUGAUUGGCUGUAUGGUGGUGGCAAUGUUACUUCACUAUUUCUUCACGUCUGUAUUCUGUUGGAUGUUAGUGGAAGGAAUUCAGUUAUAUGCAAAAUUAAUUCGUGUUUUUGAAAGUAACCAAACCACGAGAAUGACGUCAUACUUUUUCGUCGGGUGGGGAAUUCCUUUCCUAAUUGUAGUUAUUGCUGUGGCGAUUGAUUAUGAACACUACGGAACAGACGACAAUUGUUGGUUGUCAGUAUCAAGUGGGCUUAUUUGGGCAUUCGUGGGUCCCGCGUUACUGGUCAUAUUGGUAAAUGUGGUGUUCCUUGGAAUGGUGGUCCGUGUUAUAUCUAAAUUGCAUAACUGUGCUGAGGACGAUAAGUAUACUAAAGUCAGGUUGGGCCAGUUUGAAAGCUGCAAUUGUCUUGCUGCCAUUGUUAGGCAUGACGUGGUUGUUUGGGUUAUUGUCUGUUAA